CAGAAGAAGUAGUACGCAAAGACGGACAACGUGAGCGCCAAAAUCAGCUUGCCCAGCAGCGCAUUCGAGGCCAUCCGCAGCAGGAGAGCGGGAUUAGAUUCUGUGAACUGAGCUAGAAGUGCGAUUAAAACAGAAUCUUAACCAGUUUAGGCGAAAGGUUUACAAUUUCAACGAUCCACGAUGUCCAAGAUCACUAGGAAAGUUGUUUAUACCAGCAGGAAUCCCAAACCUGUUUCCCAUUUUAGUCAAGCCAUCAUCGCUGACCGGACCAUCUACUGCUCGGGAGUGAUUGGCAUCGAGAUGGACGAGCCAAAGGUUGUGCCCGGAGGGGUGGCGGCCCAAGCUGCCACGGCCUUGAAGUUUGAGGUUAAAACGAGGGGAUAG